AUGAGCAAUAAAGGGCUGUCUGACAGAGAACUUCAAGAAAUUAUUGAAAAUUUGUCUGAUGUCGAUAACGAACCCUAUGACAUCAAUUAUUCUGAGUGGGAAUCUGAAUCAGAAGACGAUAUUGUAUCUGUAGCAAGCGAAGUACCUGACAUUCAACAUGACGACAAUGAGGGAAUUGAAAAUGUGACUAAUGAAAUACAAUCACUAGUUUUUACUGGCAAAGACGGAACGGAGUGGUCACAUGAGCCUGAUCGUACUGGGCGCACAAGGGCUUGUAAUAUAAUUACGACUCAAUUACAUAAGGUGCGUCUUCCACCAGGUAAACUUCUAGAAGAACCAGUUGACUGUUUUUAUUUGUAUAUGACAAAUGAAGUCGUAGAAAAAAUAGUCAAUUUUACAAAUUCUGAAGCAACUCGCGUCUUAUCCCCUGAUGCAAAAUGGAAAUGUUGUGAUAAGAUAGAGAUGUAUGCAUUUUUUGGACUGUUGUUCACUGUCGGUCAUUUGAAAUGCAACAACACAAGUUAUGAUGUUUUAUGGAAUUCUAUUUAUAGGCCGCCAUUCUUCCGAGCAACCAUGGGCUUGAAUAGAUUCAAAACUCUUUUACGCUUUAUAAGAUUUGAUAAUAAAGAAACCAGAUUUAAACGCCGUGAAAAUGACAAGCUCGCCGCAAUCCGCGACAUAUGGAACGUAUUUUUGAACGCUGCCCGUUCAAACAAUAUAUGCCGUCGAAACCGGAUAAAGAUGGCAUGA